GGGCACUGGGCCACCGCCCCACCCCCUAUCCCCGGACAUGGAGCCAGAGCCGGCGGCUCAGAAGCAGCCCCGGCCGCGGAGGAGAAGCCGCAGGGCCUCAGUGCUCUGCGAGAACGGAGCCGCGGGGCUUCCGGCCGACACACCCGGGCCGGCGGCGGACGGGAGGUGCUCCCUUCGGAGAGGCAGCUCCUUCACAUUUCUAACCCCUGGCCCACACUGGGACUUCACUUUGAAAAGAAAACGAAGAGAGAAAGAAGAUGAUGUCGUAAGCCUUGGCAGCCUUGAUCUGAAGGAGCCAAGCAAUAAAAGAGUUCGACCUCUAGCUCGGGUCACAUCCUUGGCCAACUUAAUCUCUCCCGUAAGAAAUGGAGCAGUCAGGCGCUUUGGUCAAACCAUACAGUCAUUUACCCUUCGUGGUGAGCACAGGUCCCCAGCCUCUGCCCAGAAGCCAUUCAGUAGGACCACAGUCCCGACCCCCACCAAGAGAAGAAGCAGUGCACUAUGGUCGGAGAUGCUAGACAUCAAUAUGAAGGAGUCCUUGACCGCUCGAGAGAUCAAACGGCAGGAGGCAAUAUAUGAAUUGUCCCGAGGAGAACAGGACCUAAUCGAGGAUCUCAAGCUCGCUAGAAAGGCCUACCAUGACCCCAUGCUGAAGUUGUCCAUCAUGUCUGAAGAGGAGCUCACACAUAUCUUUGGAGAUUUGGACGCUUACAUACCUCUGCAUGAAGAUUUGUUGGCAAGAAUAGGAGAAGCAACUAAGCCUGAUGGGACAGUGGAACAGAUUGGUCACGUUCUCGUGAACUGGCUGCCAGGCCUGAAUGCCUACAAAGGCUACUGCAGCAACCAGCUGGCGGCCAAGGCUCUUCUGGACCAGAAGAAGCAAGACCCGAGAGUCCAAGACUUCCUCCAGCGCUGUCUGGAGUCUCCCUUCAGUCGAAAACUAGAUCUUUGGAGUUUCCUAGAUAUCCCUCGAAGCCGCCUUGUCAAAUACCCUUUACUGUUAAAAGAAAUCCUUAGACACACCCCACAAGACCACCUUGAUGUUCAGCUUCUGGAGGAAGCAAUAUUGAUAAUACAAGGAGUUCUCGCUGACAUCAACUUGAAGAAAGGUGAGUCCGAGUGUCAGUACUACAUCGACAAGCUGGAGUACCUGGACGAGAAGCAGAGGGACCCCAGGAUCGAAGCAAGCAAGGUGCUGCUGUGCCACGGCGAGCUAAGGAAUAAAAGUGGCCAUAAACUGUACAUUUUCUUAUUUCAAGACAUCUUGGUUUUGACCCGGCCUGUCACACGAAAUGAGCGUCACUCCUACCAGGUUUACCGGCAGCCGAUCCCAGUUCAGGAGCUGGUGCUGGAGGACCUGCAGGACGGGGAUGUGCGCAUGGGCGGCUCCUUCCGAGGGGCUUUUGGCAACUCAGACAAAGCUAAAAAUAUCUUUAGAGUCCGCUUCCAGGACCCGUCUCCGGGCCAGUCCCACACACUGCAGGCCAAUGACGUGUUCCACAAGCAGCAGUGGUUCAACUGUAUCCGAUCCGCCAUCGCCCCUUUCCAGAGGGCCAGCAGCCCCCUGGAGCUUCGGGGCUUGCCAGAGCUCCACGAAGAGUGUGAGGAAAACAACCCCUCUGCUGGGAACCUCAGAGCCCAGCAAAGGUCCUCACUGGUUCCUGGUGUCACCCAGGAGGGCGAUGACAGCGCCCUGGAAUGUGGCUCCAACGCACAGAUGGCAGAAGACACCAGGAACAGGAAGACACAGCGACCACAGCCUGGCUUGCGAAGAGCAAGGGACAAAGCCCAGGCAGGUGGCAGAAGGAAAGAGACUCUGGUAUAAAUAUGUGUAUCCUCUCGUGGAGAGACUGUUUAUUUAUAAAUUUGUACAGUUUUUUUCUUGUAAUGGGGCACCCUGGGGUUACUCUGUACCAGAUGUAAUAUGCUCGUGGUUUGGGUUUCUCUCUUUCCUAUUCUCUCUCUCCCUCCUUCCCUUCCCCCCUCAUUGUUGUUGUGUUGUUGUGUUGUGGUUGUUGUUAAUGGCAGCUAAAGAUAU